AUGCAGGCCGCAGCUCCCGAUACCUACACUCCCAUCGGAGACGCAGUAGACAACGCUUCCAACCUUGCUUCGGCCUCAACAGCAUCCGCACAUGAAAAGACCCCACUUAUCGCCAUCCCAGCUCCGACAGAUCCCUCCCCUGCCCAGAGAAGCUUUCCGAGACUUCUGGAGGAGCCCGCCGGCCCUGACAUCGAUGUGCACAACCGUUUCGGUUUCCAAGCCUUCUUCGACGACAUCACAAACCUACAAUCUGGUACUGUUCCCGUAUCCCUGUUUAUCGCCGCUGUUAUCGGAGUGCUUUGCGGAGUGGCGGCCUUCUUGUACUAUACUAUGCUCGAGUUCUUCCUGGAGUUCUUGUGGAAGACACUCCCCGAGCAGCUUGCCGAGAGUUUCCCCAUGUGGCUCCCAUGCUUCCACUGGGUUUGGAUUCCCAUCGUUGGCAUGAUUUGCGCUAUCCUCGUCGGAGUCUCCAUUAAGGUCAUGGGCUUCCCCGGAGAUCUCGCGUACACCGUCAAAUGUGUUCACAAGAUGGGCUACGUUCCCAUUGGCCAUGCCCCCGCUAUGGUUGCCUCUUCCCAACUCUCCAUCCUUGGUGGCGGUUCACUUGGUCCUGAGGCUCCGCUUGUUGCUAUUUGCGCCUCCAUUGCCGGCUGGGUCAGCAUCUAUCUUUUCAAGCAAAAGUACAAGAACGUUGUUCGUAAGCACACACUCUGCGGGAUGGCUUGUGCACUGGCAGCUUUCUUCGGAGUCCCACUUGGAGGGUCGCUGUUCGCACUCGAAAUCAAUAGCAGACUUGGGUAUGAAUACUUCGAGCACGCCCUCGAAGCCAUUUUCUCUGGUGUCACAUGCCUUGUCGUUUUCCGUGGCAUGGCCGGCCUUCCCAUCGGUCCUAUUUAUUUCUUUACGCCAGAGACUUUGAAAGACUCUUCAGCUAAGCUCGUUUGCAUUGGUGCCAUCCUCGGCCUCGUCGGUGCUGGUAUUGCUGCAAUAUUCGCUCAUGGGCAUUGGGCUGUGGUCAAGAAGCUCGACCAGUUCAAUAUUUCGUCAGACCCUCUCAAGCUGUCCAUUUUUGGAGGAGUUGGGGUUGUUACUCUCGGCCUACUCAUUCCGCAGACUUUCUUCUGGGGUGAGUUUGAAAUGCAGACCAUUGGUUCUCUGUCCCCAGCGUCCAGCCUCCCGCACAUCUGGCCAACAAGCGGUCUGAAUGGAUUUGAAAUCACGGGCUUCACGACGGCAUUUAUUGUGGGUGUCGCCAAACUCAUCGCGAUUUCCUUCACUGUUGCCGGAGGAUAUCGAGGUGGCUUCAUCUUUCCUUUCUUCGCCGCUGGCGCUGCAUUUGGCAGGGCUAUUUGCUUUCUGUUCCCGUCCAUUCCCCCGGUUGUCGCAAUCUUGUCCGUUGCGGCUGGUAUCAACGUCGCCAUCACAAGAACUGCACUCGCUACCCCGCUCAUUCUUGCGGGACUUGCUGGCGAAGUAAAUGCGACUUCACCUGUUUUGGCCGCUUCAUUAUGCGCUGUUUUCGCGACGUACUACAUGGUAUGUACUCCUUUUCUCUCCAGUGCGCGAAGAACGAUUUCUACCUUUCUGCUGAACUUGGCAACUAACGUGGCCCUUAUAAUUUCGUUUGCACCUUUUUUCAAUUCUACUUACAGCCUUUCAUUUUCGCUCAGCAAGGCCGUGAAGAGAUCUUCGAAUCUCAGUUGCAUUCUUACACAUUCAUGGGUAAGUGGGGAGAGGAGGACGAGAGCCCGGAAAUUGAGCAUGAGCUUCCAUCCUCGAGUAGUACAGACGUCGAGAGUCCCUAGAUUUCUCAUUGUUUGGCUUGCCAAGUUACUUGCAUGUACAGAACCCACACCUAUGUGUCUUGUCAUCACUGCCGGAUGA